AUGGACGCGCAUAUGCCUUCCGUGAAGGGCAUCUGCCGCGGCAUACUCCAGUUCGUCACAUUUGCUCUGCUUCUCAGUAUCUGCCAGGCCCAAAUCAGCGAUUACAAUCGAGACCAAAAUGAUCAACUUCCCGCCCGAGCGUUGUCCUUGAAGCAAGAUGAGUUCAGUGCUCCCCAGAUCGCCUCUGAACGUCAAAAUGGUCGUGUUGUCACCAGCAUUGUGACAUCCUACAUGCUAGUUACUCUGCCUUGUGAUGUCUCUGAGCUUCCCUCAUCACUUUCCUCUCUCCUUCCAAGUCAACCCGGCUUGUCUCUUCCAAUCUCAGGAGGAAACUUCUCGACAAGCGCUGAAAAGGCAACAAGCUUCCAGUACAGCAAUUCGGUGUCUAUUCCUCCCAACGGAGUUUUAACCUCGUCCUACAUUUCCCUUGGCACGACUCUGAUCAGCUCGACCAGCGGUGAGAUCUCCUCAACCCAGUCUCACCAUGAUAAGGACACUGGUACAGGCACUGGAAUUAUUUUGCCCACUGGAACAAUUGCACCGAGCGGUGGCCGUGUUUCCACCAGUGUUCUCCAAACAGAUCCGUUGUCUUGGGCGAGUUCGUCCGAAACCUCGUCUUCCAUCAAGAGAUCCUCGGUUUCUCAAACCAUCUCUCUCACGUCUGCUGCUCAGCCGAGAAGCAGCAUCACGGCAGUUCCUGUAUCAACCACCUCUGGCACUCUUUCAUCAUCAGAAGCCCCCGAAUCCACGGUGCUACCAUGGACCGCCACAAUUCCGCCCCCAGAAGGUGUUGAGCCUACGACAUCAGUUACAUGGUACUCCUCAGACCACAAGUCAUCCACGACAAGAAGCGACGGCGUCAUUUUGCCCAUCAUAAUUCCUGUUUGGGUUUGUGGUCCCUGGCAGAUUCUUUGCAAGCCUGACUGCAUCAUCCCAUUUCUGUUCUGCGGAGAUGUCAGCAGUCCAGGACCUCUCGGUUUCCCGUGGGCUAAGCCCCCGAAGCUCCCACCCAAGCCCAAGAAGCCAACACCAGCUAAUCCUGAAGAUCCGGAGCCUUCCGAGACAAAGAGCACAUCGUCCGAAUCGUCUUGCACACUCACAUCCACAAUUUCGCCUCACUGUGACCAAAAGUGUAUCGUUGCCCCAGCCACAACGAUUGGGACAUCAACAAGCUGGACAACGGAAUGUUUUGACGCUACCUGCAAGCCCACCGUCGUUCCGUGCAGCAAGACCAUCGAAAAGACGACGACAACAACAUACUCCACACAGACUUCUCAGCCGUCGGAGUACUUUUGCGGCGCUCGCGACAGCUUUUGCUUGAACUGCAUUGACAAGGCCAAACUCGCUGCUCGCCAAGUCGAUAAUCCAGUGCACCCGAAGCCUGAGCCCGGCGAUUACGACAUUUUGGAUGGACCAAAGGGACUCACCCAUCCAGACACCUGGCCCGCGGGCCCAGACGAUUGGUAUCGGCGCAUGUACCACCUUCACAGAGGGUAUUGUGACGGCUUGAUAGAGGAACGAACACUAUCAGACGGAACUGUGGUGAAAAUGGGAAAGUCCACCAUGAAAGCUGAAGAAUUUGGAAGUGAACCAUUGUUGGGUGGCACAGGUCCAUUGUGGGGAUGUAGCGCCCUUCUCAUCAUCACCAAUCACGGAAUUUACACCAGCCACAACUGGGAGAUUCCAAACUUCCAAGACGGACCUCCACUUGCAAACGGUCAACCUUCUUAUCCUGGUGUCCAUCAUGAAGAAGAAUUCGAAAGAGGAGUGCUUAAGUUUCUGAAGGAAGGAGGAUGGGGCUACCCAGGAGUUGAAGAGAUCAAGAAAAACACUAAAAUAUUUCAAUCAGAGCCCAUCAAGAUCUUCAUCUUCACACCAUCUACCUUCAGAGGCAAACAUUGGGGCGGCCACAAGCCCCCUACCACGGAGCCAGAUGAAUGGGCACACUACGGCAAGAUUGCGGAGUGGACGGACUUCAUGGGAGAGGAGUACGGCUGGUUCCUGGACUUUGACGUACAAGGCUAUCUCAAAGGCCCCAGUCAUUGGGCCAACUACUACGAGGGUAUGACGAAUCCGAUGGAUAACUAUCAACCUCCUUGGGGACUUGUUCACUGGCGUUUCCAUCAUCUGAAUGUCCGUGAGGUCGAUGGCAAGGAAAUUAAACAGCCCUGUCUUCAGGUCUGGUACGAAACCCACAUGCUUUGGGAAAACUGUUGGAGCCAUCUCUUCCCUCCAGCCUCACCGCCACCCUUCAGUUUGGGAUUUUCAGUGUCUGCGUCUCUUGCACCUUCAGCAGAUAAAGGUGGAAGCGGCACAGCCGGCCCGGUCCCACAACCGACCCCUAUCAACAACACAUCGACCGCCACUUCUAAUCCCGCUUCCUCAUCCUCCAAAGAAAAGAUCGUUGUCGUCGUUACAGCCACUGCAACUGAAGUUGUUACCGAGUGGAUUGAUACCACGACGACCAUCGUUGAGGGGAACAGACACACUGGAAAGUGGCGCUCGGGUGGUGAUAUCGAGAGCCGAACCCGUGGUACGACGACAACUGCCUUACCCAACUCAACGCCCAGCAAUCGUAAACCCUCCAAGCGAAUUGUUCGACUGGGGCAGCAAAUCAUCUACAAGGGCCCCAAGCACAAAGCGCUUAUCGGCGUGUAUGAGGUCGAUAGCAGUGGUGAAGAGAAAGUCAUAUUUGCAGGCGGCGACUAUGACAAUGGCGGCGCAAAAGAUCUGCCCAGCACGUUCAACUUGAAGGAUGACAAGGGCGGCGAGCUAAACAUCAAAUUCGACAAGGGAUUAUAUAUAAUCUACUUCGAAUCCAAGCUAGGUGAUCAGGUUCGCACUUGGACGAGCAUCUCGGCCAAGAACGCGAAUGAUCCUGGAGCUCCCUGGUGCGAGCAGGUCGACACUCAAGCUGAGGCAGUAAGUUUUGAUUGA